GCACAGAGGAAGAGACAGGCCAGGAGCCUUUUUAGGGACACGUGCAAGGCCACAGCUUGGAGGGUCGGGUGGCUCCUGGGCAUGGGUCCCUCUCAACACCAGGCCCAUCUCGGGAGAAUGGUGUGUGUGGGGGGGCUUCCUCCGCCAGAGCCGAAGCUGGGGCGCGGGCCAGGCGCACGGGGAGGUGUCGACUCCCAGUGGGGCGGUGCCUUCGCCUCCGGCUGCAGCAGGGUCCCGGACGCCGGCGACAUCUUGCCGAAGAGCGGCGAUAGUGAUCGAGCUCCAGUUGCUGCGUCCUGCAACCCGAGUGAGACCCGGGAUAGGGGAGGUGACGCCGCACUCGCCCGGAGCUGCUUCCGCCCGCCACCCCGCUUGGCCAGGACAAGCCGCCUCCGCCUUUCCUACCCUCCGUCCAGUCCCCGCCCCGGAUCUCCCGGCAGAGGACGCCUACGCGGGGCCGCCCCGCCCGCUCCGCGCCGGACCCCGCCCCCUCGCCGUCCUCCCCCUCCGCCCUCGUCCUCCCCCUCCUCCACCCUCCCCCGCUCCGCCCCCUCCCUCCCCCUCCGGGCGGGGCUCGAGUUUGAACUGAGCGGCGGGCCGGGCCGGGCGGGGUGGUCUCCGUGUCGUGAGUUCCGCGAGCGACGCGUCGCCAGCUGCGCGCUGCACCAUGUCCCCGGGCAGCGGGGUGAAAAGCGAGUACAUGAAGCGCUACCGGGAGCCGCGCUGGGACCAGUACGCGUCCUGCUACCGCGAGCUGCUGCGCUACCGCCUGGGCCGCCGGCUGCUGGAGCAGGCGCACGCGCCCUGGCUGUGGGACUCCUGGGGCCCUGACGGCGCCUCGGACGGCUCGGCCUCUCCGGCGUCCGACCCCUCGCCCCGGUGCGCGCCUGCCUCGCCCGUGGAGGCCCCAGAGGCCGGGGAGGCCGGGGAGCGGGGUGCGGAGGCUCCAGAAGCCGCGGAGGCCCCGGAGGCCGCGGAGGCCGGGGGCACGGAGCCCCGGGACCAGCAGGACGCCGUGCUGCCAGCACCAUCAGUGGAAGAUGCAGAAGAAAAACGCAAACAAUACACCAUAAAGGAAGAGACAGACAGGCUACCCAGCAGUGUUAAACCUCGACAGCAGCCGAGUGCCUUAUUUGCCAGAGGGAACAGGAAAGCAGUCAAAAGUCCCCAAAGGUCAUCGAGUAAAAUAAAAGAAAACAAGCACCCAUUUGCUCUUUAUGGCUGGGGAGAAAGACAGACAGACACUGGGAGCCAGAAGACCCACAAUGUUUGCGCAUCUGCCCCUGUGCACGAGAUUCAUGAGUCAGCAUUACGAGCCAAGAGCAGAAGACAGGUGGAGAAACGGAGACUGGCUGCUCAGCGGCAGCGUGCGCACUCAGUGGACGUGGAGAAAAACAGAAAGAUCAAGACCUCCACGGGGCCCUCAGCAGACAACCCCUGGGUGACUGAGUACAUGCGGUGCUACUCGGCCAGGGCAUAGAUAAGACACGAACUAUUAAUCCAGAGUGGACUCAGGUUGAAAAACCAACUGGUUAUGCAAGGCUUGGUUUAGGGAAUUUACAAAAGAUAAUUUUAUUUUGAUGAAUAUUGGUCACCUACCUCAGCAGUAGGACAGACAGUUGAAGCCAUAGACAUUUGGUUAUUUAUGAAGAUGAGUCCCUAAAUCUCUGAUAUUCUUGUAAGAGUUUUGUUUUAAAGCAUCUUAAUCUUUUAAUACACUGACACCAAAUGCCUUUAACCGGCUGCAGAUGCUUACCACCCCACAUCCUCCAUAAGCAAGAUGGAGCCCCUUGUCAUCCUGUUCCCAGUUACUUCAGAUGCCAUGAUAGUAAGAUUGUUCCAUCCUACAACGUGAGACUCAUUUUUACUUACUUCAGUGUACUUCUCUUUGUGAAAAAGUAUCUAACAAUUUGUAACAAAACUGAAACUUUGGUAGAUCCUGAGACAUCAACUUGUAUUUUAGUUCACAUCCCUUUUGUGUAGAUUGUGAUACUUAAAAAUUAUCUGGGCUGGGUGAGGGUCACUUAUUCUCUUUAUAUUAUCAUCUAGGCACUUAAUAGUGUAAUAGUUCAGAUACAUUCCAGUGAGUGAGUGGCAGUGCAAUCUGUGUGCAGAGUAGUAAUGAAGCUUCUUUUGAGUCAAAGAGUGUCACAUUUUCUUAAUUGCAAGAUGUCUUUUUAGAACACACAAGGUACAGUAUGGUCUUUUGGCAUGUACCCAUUGUGGACGUUUGCCUCUUCUGUAGUAGCUGGCCAUGAUAUUGGGCACUUAAAAUCUGAAGUUAUAUAAUACACUGAGAUUGUCUGGUCCACAGAGGGGAGGGUGGCAAUAGUGAGACACCCAUUAGGGAUGCUGCUCAUCCCUACCAUGUCCCUUGGCUGUCUCCACUUUUUCUUCUGCAGAACUCAACACAGUCCUGAUGAUGUACAAUAUUCACACGUUAGGUUGAAUACAUUAUUAUUGAUUCCUGGCCAGUGGAUCGUAGCUACACCUUAAUGAGUGGUGAGUCAUGUAAAUAGUGCUUCUUCCCUUUAAUACAACUGCUUUUAGGGUAGAAAUAGUUUUUAAAAACACUGGUUUCUCAUCAAAUGAGAGUAUUCUCUGUCCUGCACAAGGGAGUCUCCUACAAGGAUUUGUGCUAAGUUCUUCACAAGAUCAGAAAGGUACUAUGCCCUGCCCACUUAGCACCUGAGGAUAUGUGGAUUAAAGUUUGGUAUUAGAUGUGAGGUUGAGUUUUUUCUUGGUAUUUUUAUUCUGGGUCUUUGAAGUAUGAUAAUUUUCUGAAAACAAGUUGGUUUGAUUUCACAUAAACUUGUCACACUGUCAUCUGGUAACUGUGUUGAGCUUUAAAAAUGCAAAUACUGAAGAAUUAUGAGGAAUUAAGGAAAAAAAACCCUUUAAAAUAUUUGUAUAUUUUUGUAUAGUCCUUUCAUGUAGAGAAUUCUAGUCAAUGAGAUGUAUAUUUAUGAGGAAAUCCUGUAUGUUGCUCAUAAUUUUGGUGGAUUAUGGUGCUAACCCUUUUAAGUCUACACACUGCAGGUACCCGAAGAUCAUAUGAGUGUGGCAGUUUUGACAGUGAAGCUGUUUUGUGAAAACUUCCUGUAAAGCCAUGUCUCACAGGUUGUUUUAUCAUCCAUCAUGAGAGAGUCAUCUCUGACAGUGUCCGAUGGAUUGGGAGUGGAGAAGCCCUUGUGGGUGGGCAUCCCUGCUGCCCAGCCCCACCGGACUGCGAACACCUGGACGUUCUUGCUUGUUUAGAAAACAGACCUGCAUUUGUGCUUACCUCUAAAAGCUCCAAAUGAGGAGGUGGGCCUAGAAGACAAUAUUGUGCAUGCCCUUCUUUUUUUUUUUUUUAAGUAGAACACAAAUUUUGAAGAAUUUUUAAUGCACUCAACAAAUGAAUCAGUAUGAAUUAUGACUCUCCAUCCUAUGUUCAAAUCAUUAAUGGUUAAGACUUUUUUUCCCUUUUUAAAAGAGUUGUAACUUCUUUUGAUAAUUAAAAUUACCUAUGAAAUUUUUAAAGUUCUAAUAAUUUUAUGGUCAUAGUUUUACGUACUCUAAGAACAAAUGUGGUUUUAAUCAUGUUCCCAAUUCUUGGGACAAAUUGCAAGACAGUGAGAUAGUUCAAAAUUACCUUUUAUGUUGGAAAAUAUCUAAAAUGUUUGAGAAUCCAGUGACAUUUAAAAAAAUACAAAAGAUUUUUUAAAAUUUUUGUUUUUAAUUAAAACAAUUUGCACUAAACAGUAUUUUUCGUUACUUUUACCUGAAAAUUAGUAAUAGAAUAUUGAAGUAAUAAUGUCUAGCAUUCUAUUAGGACCUGAGUGAUUGGGAAGAAAUGUGAAUCUAUUCUUCUGACUAUUCUUGUUCAGGAGGUAUAUGAGCAGGUUGCUUCUGGUUCUGUUUGUGCUCCCACCCCAUAAAGAAAUUCCUGAGCACUUUUUUUUUCCCCCCGGAUUGAACCCAGGACCUUGGAUAUGCUAAUCAAGCACUCUACAACUAAGCUACAUUCCCAGCCCUUAUUUUUGAGAUAGGGUCUUGCUAAGUUGUUGGAGCUACUCUUGAACUGAUGAUCCUCCUGUCUCAGGCUCUCUAGUAGCUGGGAUUACAGGCCUAUACCGCUGUGCCCAGCUUUUAUUCACUUUAAGUUAACUGAAGGUGUAAUUGGUUGUAGAUAAUCUGACUUGCACACAGUGCAGUAUGUAUAUGUUCAUACCAUUCCAUAUAUAGUAUCUUUGUAGUCAGUUGUUGGCAACUCAGAAAGACUGUACGUUUAGGCUGUGGGACUUAACUAAAGUCCUAACAGAGCAAGCAAAGUGGCUGUUCAGAUAUUGGUAGUUUUAAUGUCAAACAAAGAAUGCUGUAUAAUUUUUCCAACCAAAAAAUUGUAGCAUCUUCCCCUGUCCCUUUAAACUGACUACUGUAGAGGGCAUAAACUUUGUAAGUGGAAUGUUAAGAGUUCUUGGUGCUUACAACAUCUGAAAGUAUUACUGGCCGAGGGUGAGAAGCAAAGCACGUACUGAAAGUGAAGCCAAGCUUCUUGGUCAGGUUGACUGCUUUGGGGAUAAAUAGUUCAUGGUUUGUAUAUUUAACUGGAUGAAGCCAGUGCUUCAGUUUUUGGGACUGAUUUUGCAGUGCCUGACCCAUAAAAGGUCCUUACGGUGUGGUCUAUGACCAGUUCCUAUUAAAAAAGGUGAUCCUGAAAAUAUGACUUGGCUUGGAUUUAAAAAUACUUGUUCUUGAAGUGGGCCUGCCUUUGUACAAGAUGAGUUAUUCAGGGUAAGGGUGCAAGGGCUAUGUUUAGAGUUUCACCUCAAAUUUGCUUCUCCCUGCUAGUGUGAGAUGGAAAACAAUGCUUGCUCUUUCAAUAAUUAUUUCCACUUUAAAUUCCAGAUUCACGAAUGAGGCCAUUAGACAGCUCUCUGGAUAAUAACAAAAUAGUAUUUAGGGGAGAUUCCCUGUCACUUUAAGCUUGUUUUGAGCAACAUAUUCACUAAAAUUAUGGAAGAACAAAGACUUAAGCACAUUAUAAUCACAAAACUCAGACAAUGGGGGCAUUGGGUUGUAUUUUCUAAGAACUAUGUACUGUUUUUAGCUUAUAUUUAAUAUUGUAUAUAUUUGGAAAAAUGUGAAUAAACUUAAUUAACAUUAAAGGUAAA